AUGGAAGUACUUCGAAAACGAGUGUCAUUAAGACGACUUCCUCAAUCAUUGGAUAAAAUUCUUGAUCAAUCCAUUGCGUCUAUUCAAACAAUGCUCUCACGUCCUAUUCUUAAUAAAGAUCGACGUGCUAGUAUGGCAUCACGUUGUUCAAAAACAAUUACACAAUAUAAAUUUGAUAUGAUGGCUAUGACCAUUGCUAUAGCUCAAGAUACGGCUCGUGUUCAUGCUCAAUUGGCAGUCGAUACGAAAAAUAAAUUACGACUACUCGACGGUGAUCAAAUACGAUCUUCCACUGAAUUACCCAUCAACGCCAUGGAAACUCAUGCAGAAAAUAUGAAAAAACGUGCACAAGAAUUACUUCAAUAUAAAUUGAUGUCUUUUUUCGAGCAGGCUCCGGUGGUGGACAACGACGAAGGCAACGCAUCCGCCGGAGCAAUCUAA